AUGGCCGAACAAGAUCUUGUCCGCCUGGACGUUAACGGCAUCUUUGCAAUUAUCACCCUGAACAAUCCAAGGAAAUUCAACUCCUUGUCACAAAGCUUGUACUAUCGUCUUGCGAGCUUGCUUCGAGAGGCCGAUGACAAUCCGCAAAUCUACGUUACUGUCUUGAUAGGCGAAGGCCCUUUUUUUCUCUGCAUAUGUAGGGGAGCCGACCUUAAAGGCGAUGCACCAUCUAUGGAGGACGCGCUCUCUCGCCCCUAUUGGCUUCCAAAAUUGGUGAACAACAACAUAGACGUGGCGAGGGCAUUCUAUAGCCACUCUAAGAUCCUGGUAACGGCUCUGAAUGGACCCGUUAUUGGGCUUUCAGCAGCCUUGAUUUCCCACUCGGAUUUUAUCUACGCGGUAUCCGACGCUUACCUGAUGACUCCGUUUACGUCACUCGGCCUUGUAGCUGAAGGUGGUGCUAGCAUUGCAUUCGUGCAGCGGAUGGGUCAAGGGAAGGCGAAUGAAGCACUUAUUCUGGGAAGGAAGAUCCCUGUUAGCGAGUUGGCUCAUGUUGGGUUCGUCAACAAGGUUUUUCAAGACAAGAGCAAUUUCCGCGAACAGGUAAUUGCGGACCUACAGCAGACCUUUGGCGAUCAUCUGGUGGGCUCGAGUCUUCUGGGGACUAAGGCUCUUAUGCGUCGGCGCUUGAUCAGAGAACAGGAUGAACAGGCUCCUCUGGAAAUGUUUGGUGGUCUGGAUCGUUUCUGCCAGGGCGUCCCACAGGCCAAGAUGGCAAAGGCUCUGUCUCGAAGCAAGAUGUAA